UGUAAACAAACCUAACUAAACCUCUGUCCGCACAAGUCACAGAUCUCGCUUGUACUCAGUGAGAUUUGAUUUAUCCUUCAUCUCUCCGCAUCUUUGCGGUUCGAAGUAAGGCUCGUCCAACAGAAAUAUCAUGCAAGAUGGAUUUAGUACAAGCAUCGCGCCUAACGGAUUCUUCCUAGCAGCCAUUUUGGUGGAAAUUUCGAACUCAUUGAAAAACCAUGAUGCCCUCAGAGAAAGUGCUGGAUAGCAGUAAAACUAAUGACGCAAUACUACAGCGACCGCGACUACCCCCUAAAAGCAAUGAUUUAUCGUCUCUUUAUCCGAAGUUAUUUGGGAUCAUAGCCGUGGUCAUCUUUUUCUUUCCCGUGGUUUCUGCUAAGCCGACGCCAGGCCAGCUAAAUCCCUGCAAACCAAACCAACACUGGGUUGAAAAGGAAAAUGGCUCACACUGGUGUAUAGAUUGUGGAACUUGCCCAGAAGGACAAGGCCUCUCAGUAGAGUGUGGGGGUUCUGAACUGCUGCCUUUUAAUUCUAUGGUGAAUUGUGUGGCAUGCAUCGAAGGAGUUACAUUUUCCAGAUAUGGAGAUUCGUCCAGUUGCCUUCCCUGUACAUCCUGCUCCAAAGGUCAGGUGGUAGAACAAAGCUGUUCGCCAAAGUGGGAUAUCAAGUGCGCAAGUAACUGUUCAAGCAAGGAUAGGUAUUAUGAUGUGGACAAGGGGGACUGUUUAAAAUGCUCAAGAUGCUGUGGUGAUGACGCAGAUGUAGUGGUGAAAGAGUGCAAGGAGAAGUUGGGAGCUGGCUCAAACAUGAUCUGUUCAUUUGACAGCAGUGUGAAGCGCUGUGACCAAACAACACCUCAACCAACACGCACUAACAGCCAUGUGAGCCGCAAAGAAGAUGUGCCUUACAGCACUCAAUACAGGGAUCAUUCCGCUCAAGCAAAGGAUCAGGACUACUUGGCAGCAACCGUUAUUCCUGUGGUGAUAAUGGUUGUUUUGGUUGUCUGUGUUUGUCUGUACUUUUUCAAGAAGAGACUGGCAGAGAUGUUAAGUUGGUGUCAUUGUGCUGUUGAAGAGGAAGACCACCAUGAAUUAGCAGUCCUAGAGGACGCAUCAUCGACUGACGAUAACUCAAAAGGAAAUUUAGAGGAGGGCGAUAAGUCAUAUCAGCCAGGAAAAAUUAUUUCAGAUUCAGAGGAACCCUUGUUGAAAGAGAGUGUUCCAGAGAUCUUAGACGACACUGAAACCAUCAAAAAGAAAGGUUCGAAGCCACUUGGAAGCUUGUUGGAGUGUGAGUCUUACCAGUACUUAAAGAAAAUAUGUGAUCGUUUGGAUGCACCUAUGGCAGGCGUUGGUGACUAUCGUGAUGUGUGUUCAUCUUAUGGCAUUGAUCGUUAUCAAAUUGCCUCAAUUUAUGAGAAGCAUAGGGAUGGACCAUCCAGAGCCUUGAUUGAUCACUUGGCAGCCACACAUGAACAACUAACCGUGGCUGAGUUUGUAGUUGUGGUGAGAAAAGUAGCAAAGAGAGGUGAUGUUGCAAAGCUUUUAGAGGAAUAUGAUUUGUUGUAAUAAGAGAGGGGAAGGAUUUUUUAUUACUGAAAGUUUUGUUUUCAUGUAUUGUUAUAAUCAGUAUUUCGCAUCGGUAAUUCUAAAUAGUUGCACUUACUAAAUGUAAAGACUUGAUGGAACUUAGGGUAAUGAAAAGGAGCCAAUGUUUAAAGAGAUGUCUUGAUUGGCAUGAAUUCCAUUUCCUCUUCGGUUUAAUAAUAAUUUUAAUGUUAGAGCCAUGUAUAAACCCGCAAACGCAACGUUUAGAGAACUGAUUGUCUUGUUGCCUUUGCCAGUGAAGACAAGAGGAAGCAAAGGCCUUUUCUACGUUACUUUUGAGAUUACCUACCUGUCGCGUAUCGCGAGGAGACCGAUCUGCGAAUUCAUUAGAUAGUCCUUACCGGAAAGGAAAUGCUUUCCAAGUAGUUUAAGAUUCUACCAAGAAUAGAGCAGUCUUCAAUUUAGCGUCGCAAAUCCAAAACCAUAGCUACCACACUACCUAAACAAAACAGAGGUUAUCAGCAGCCAACAAAGUACCCGCAGGCAAACUCUUUGAAGCGCGUGAGAACGCGAGUGUUCGAGUUGCGAUUGGCUUUGGCUUUAUGUUUCAUUGGUUGACGCGGUGGCAGAUAGAGCAACAUUAAGCAAAAAAAAUAAAACGCAAUUCCAGAUUUUUUUGACACUCAAUUAUAAAACCGCGCACAAUUCGUCCCACAGGAUCUGUUAUAUCUAGAUCCUAGCAUCGAGAAAGCACUCUUAAUUUAAAACAAAUAUGUUUCCCUUAUUUUUAUCUGUUUUUUAUUACUUUUGAGUAUUUUUGUAUUUUUUAUACUAACUAAUUAAUUUUUAGUUUUUGUUAUGUAUCAAUGAUAGAGCGUCUAAGAACUUAAGAUGUAUUCGCAGUCUUUCUGGUAGUGACUGUAUCUGCUUUGCAAUACCUACUUAUUCAAAUGUUUUCAUAAUCAAUUUUAUUUUUAGAAGAGUAAAGGGCUUAAACCUUAUCUACAGUCUCAUGCAUUAAGAUUUGUUUUCAUUUAACUUUUAAGCGUAAUCUAAUUAUUUAUUCUGCUUUCUAGCUAACGGAUGAACAUUUGCUCAAUAAUUUUUCACUAUUCGUUCUGGGAAAUGUGUUGAAACUGUAAUGAUAAGUUCCGAGGUGAUUAUGGAUGAGAUAGGUUCUCCGUUAGGUAAAUUACUAAAAGACGUUGUAAUUCACUUUUUCUCUGCAAAGUGGAUUGCUACUCUUAGACUGAUGUACUAGUUAUAUUAAUGGUAUGUAUUUUGUAGUUUCUUGUUACUAAAUUUUUCGAAUACCGUGACAUUUUUGGAAUUUGAAAAAGACGGCAAGAUAUCGACUGUUGUAUUUCGUGAUACAAUUUUUGUCCUUAAUUAAGUAUUUCAUGAGUGAAUAGCAAUUUACAUUUAAAUUGUAUUAAUACACAAAUUUCAGUAUUCUAAGAAAAUGUUAUCAUGUAUAUUUCAGAAUUAAUUUUUCAUAUUCUCUUUUGAUCUAUACCACAUUAUUGAACGACGACGUCGCAUUAUCCAGUUCCAUUUAUUCCAUUUGUUAAUACAAUUGCAAAUAGAGACAUUUGGAGUACACGA